AUGGGUUGGAUCAAGCCCAAAUCCAUCACUUUCAGGAAGGCAUGGUGCACAGUCGAAGAGAACGACUACUUCUCAGUCCUAAAGAAGAAUAUUCCCAUUGCCCUAAUCAAUGAAGUAGUGGCCAGGAUACCUCAAAGUAGUGUUGGCGGUGAUCUUGUUAAUGUUGCAGAUUUCAAGAUAUGUUUAAAGAAUAAGGGAUGUCAGUGUAUUGGUGAAUCAAACGAAUGGGAGGAGAUACAGUGCAUGUGGAAAUGGAUCAAUGACAAUCUGAUACCAUCGGUACAAAAGAUGAACAAUGAGACCAAUGAGAUAUUUGAGUAUCUCUCACUCAAGUUCACCUGUCUCAGCAUCCACGAGGAGAACAACAAGGAACAAGAGAAAGAGCGCGAGCUCAAAGACAAAGACCUCAAGAAGAAGCAACGACACUUCAAGAAACGCUUCAGUCUCGACAACGAGACCCUGAUCACACAGUACUCUUGCUCAUUGAUGGACAAGAUACAGAGACAUGGAUGCAUGUAUAUAUCAGAGAACUAUGUUUGCUUUCAUAGUAGGAUCAUACCGACAAAGAUAAAGAUACCAUUCACUGAGAUGUCAGAGAUGAAGAAGGUCACACAUUCGAGUUACUUCAAGUUCCUGACAGACUCGAUAAAGAUCACGACGGCCGACGCUGGCAAGGAGUACAUCUUUCACACGUUCUUCAACAUUGACGAGACGUUCCAACUGCUCGAUCAGAUCAGAAAGUUUGCGAUGAAUCGCAUGCUUUGCUCGGCCGAGCAUGUCGACACACCACUGGCAUCGUCAAUGGGCGCCACGUCCUCGCCGCGUCCCAUGUCUCCAGCCAACUCACUUCGUUCAUCUGGCUGCUUCUACUCCAACAUGGCCAUGUCGCCCAAUGCCAAGGAGGACGCUUGCAGCUCAACAACAUCCAAUGGAAGCGCGGACCAUGGGGCAUGGGGCGGCAGCAAUGGUUGCACCUCACCAUCGUCGCCAAUGUCCAGCGCACCGCCCACACUCAACAGCUCGACGGCAAUUGAUAUGGCCAGCAGCCCAAGCGCGCUCGCCAUGUCUGGCUCGUACGGCGGCGGCAUUGGAGGCGGCGGCCAUCACACAUCCAUGAUCUCCAGCUUCAAGGAGAUACUGCAGGAGCAGCGCAAGCAUCAAGACUACCAAGACAUGUUCAGCCUGCCCGCCCAGGAGUUCCUGGUCGAGGAGUUCCAGGCCAGUCUGUGGAACAAUCAGCAUGACAUCACUGGCAAGAUCUACAUCUCAACAAACUUUUUGUGCUUUGGCCGUCCAGAUCUCCAGCUCGUGCUGCCACUGCGCGAGAUAACGGCCAUCACCCACGAGAAGGCCUUUGGCAACCGCGGCACAACAAUGCGCAUCUGUGUCGGCAGCCAGAAGUUCUACUUCUUCUCAUCGACGAUUGAGAUGCAGUACGAUGUUGUACGCCAGUUCUGGAUCGAUGUGGGCGGCAAUGGCAAUGAAGCCAUGGGCAGCUACGAGGACAACCACUCUCAUAUCGGCCUGCCCGAGUCCAUCAUCGACGGCACCUUCUCCGCGACAUACCGCAUGUUCCAACAGCAACAGAUGCAUCUAUUCGAGCAGUACUAUGCAUUCAACGGUCAAGGCAUUGCCAUGAUCAAGACCGAUGAGCUCAAGGCGUUGGUGCGCGGUGGUGUGCCCGAUCGCCUUCGAAGAAUCGUCUGGUUAUUCACCUCUGGCGCACUCUACAAGCCAUACUGCCAUCCCAACAACUACUACCAACAACUCCUUCAACAGCAUCAAGGCGAGACCAACCCAUCGAGCAACGACAUUGAGAAGGACCUGAGGCGUAGUUUCCCCGAGCAUCCAUACUUCCAAGAUGAGCAAGGUAUCCAAUCAUUGCGUCGUCUACUCACCGCCUACUCAUGGCACAACCCAUCAAUAGGCUAUUGUCAAUCAAUGAACAUACUUGGCGCCAUCUUCCUGUUGUUUGUGAAGGAGGAAGAGGCAUUCUGGCUGUUGUCAUCACUGUGUGAGGACUAUCUGCCGGACAACUACCGCCGCGGAAUGGUUGGCUCCAUUGCUGAUGGCAAAACUUUUGAGAGCCUGAUAUCGACCUACUUGCCCGAGGUCGACAGCCACCUCAAGAAACUGAGUUGUCCACUGUCUGUAAUAAUAGUGCCAUGGUUCCUCUGCCUGUUCAUGAGCAAUGGACAUUUGGAGCUGGGCCUGCGCGUGCUGGACUGCUUCUUCCUGGAGGGCACCAACAUCCUGUUCCAGGUGGCGCUAUCCUGCUUCAAGCUGCAGCAGGCGGCCAUAUUACGAUGCAAGUCGGCUGAGGAGGUGAUGCUGUUGUUCAAGGAUGGCGACUACAACGUGGACCAGCUGUUCACAAUGACACUCACCGAGUUUGACAGCCUGCCCACCGACAAGGUGGAGCAGAUGCGUAGUUCAAACAAGUACAUCGCCAUCAAGAACAUACAGAUCAACAAGAAGAAGUCCAAGGUCAGGGAAUGGAGUGACAGAUACAAUAUAUCAAGGUAUGAUUUAGAGUCUCUGUACGACCUGUUCCAAUCACACAUUAGUCUUAGCACCAGCCAGUCGCUGGGCAUUGGCAAGUCCAAGUUUGUGGAGAUGUGUAAAGACGUGUUGCCCAGUCCUUGGAAGUAUCGACUGGACAUUGUCAAUCAGAUAUUUAAACUGUUGGAUGAGGACAUGGACGACUUGAUCACAUGCGAUGAGUUUGUGCAUAUGGUUGCCAUCCUAUCCAAAGGUACACUGCAAGAACGUAUAAGAUUCUGCUUCGAUAUGUAUGACCUGGACCAUGACGACUGUCUAUCAUGCUCAGAGUUUAAGACCUUGUUGGAAUCACUGAUAUGUCUUUUGAAGCCAGUCAACCCUCUUCAAGCAUCAUUCGACAUUGAUUCAUUCAUUACCAAUACUUUAUGCUUGACGGAGCAGUCGAUACUGACAGUGGAUGAUGUGGAGGCCAACUUCCAGGAGCUUCCAACGACCAACCCUUCAAUUGUAGAUUUCAACCGAUCCUAUGAUGUCCAGUGGUCCACGUCAACAUCUGCCACCAACCUUAAUGGCAACAACAACAACAACCUGUAG